CUCAGGUCAUUCUUUACUGUACUAGUUCAAAAGCCGAGAGGGUCUGAUACAACAAAAAAACUCCCCAAAUCGAUAGAGAUCCUUCGCGUGUUCUCUCAGUCGGUCUCAUCUCUUCCAUAUAGAGACCUCCCAAAUCGGAAUUCGAAAGAAAAACCCUAAAAAUUAUGUACCACCCACCGCACAUCUACUCAGAGCGACACAAAAGUUAAAAUUAUAAACCCUAACUUAAAAAGAUAAUCAGAAAUUCUGGUGUAUUUCUAGGGUUUCAAAGUGAAAAUGGCAAUUGCUUCUUCUUCUUCUGGUAAUCAUGUGUUAUGUGGCGUAAGUUAUCUUAAAGUAUUUAAAACCAGUCCAGAGGUAUCUGCUGCUGGAUUACAAUCUCAAGCAGCAGCUACUACUACAAAUGAGCAGAAAGAUACAGCUGCUUCUAUUCAACUUACUGAUGAAGUGGAAGAAGAGGAACCACCUCCUUAUGUUAUUGUUGUCCAAGGACCUCGCAAGGUUGGGAAGUCCCUGUUGAUUAGGUCACUGGUAGAGCAUUACACCGAGGAAAAUCUUGAUUUAGUAUGCAUGCGAGGGCCCUUUACCGUCAUAUCAGGUGGGCAAAGACGGAUACAGUUUGUGGAGUGUCCGAAUAGUUUUAAUGGUAUGCUUGAUGCUGCAAAGUAUGCGGACGCUGUGAUAUUACUCAUUGAUGCAUAUGUUGGCUUUGAAUUGGAAACACUUGAGUUUGUUAGCGCGUUACGAGUUCACGGCAUGCCGAACGUUACGGGGGUGCUGACAUCUCUUGAUAUGUUCGAAAAUGUAGGAGAACAAACAAAAACCAAAGAACGCCUCAUGAAUCAUUUCCAUGCUGAAAUAUUUGAAGGAGCAAGACUAUUCUGUUUAUCUGGACUCGAACAUGGGAUGUACCCGGAGCAUGAAAUUUGCGAUCUGGCAAGCUUCAUAUCGUUUAUGGAUUUCCACCCUUUGUCAUGGGACAUUGUUUUGUAUGGUUAUCUCCGAGGUUGUGAUAUCAAGAAAGGAGCUAAGGUGCACAUUGCUGGUGUUGGUGAUUUCCCUCUAUUAGGUGUAACAAGCUUAGUCGAUCCUUUCCCUUUACUGGCUGGUCCCAAAAGGAAGAGAUCUCGGAAAGGAAUAGAGCAUGACGAGAGCAACGGUUUCAGAUCAGGGUCUUAUCUAAGGUUGGAGGUCCGAGACGUUCCUUUUGAGAUUAUUGAAAAUUAUGAUCCUUAUCAUCCUAUUCUCGUUGGAGGCAUCAGUCCUGGAGAAGAGAAUGCUGGAUAUAUGCAGAAAGAUACAGCUGCUACUGAUGUUACGGUGGAAGAAGAACAACCUCCAUAUGUUAUUGUUGCCCAUGGAACUCGCAAGGUUGGGAAGUCCCUAUUGAUUAGGUCACUAGUAGAGCACUAUACCAAGGAAAAUCUUUGUUUAGUAAACACGCGAGGCCCAGUUACGACCAUAUCAGGUGACCUCAGACGAAUACAGUUUGUGGAGUGCCCGAAUAAUGUUAAUGGUAUGCUUGAUGCUGCAAAAUAUGCCGACACUGUCAUAUUACUUAUUAAUACAUAUAUUGGUUUUGAAAUGGAAACAUUCAAGUUUGUGAACAUUUUACGAGUUCAUGGCAUGCCGAAGGUCUUGGGGGUGCUGACAUCUCUUGAUUUGUGCAAAAAUGUUGAAAAACUAACAAGAACCAAAGAAUACCUCGUGAAUCAUUUCUGUACUGAAAUAUAUGAAGGAGCAAGAGUAUUCUGUUUAUCUGGACUCGAACACGGAAUGUACCCGAAGCAUGAAAUUCUUGAUCUGGCAAGCUUCAUAUCUGUUAUGGAAUUUCAUCCUUUGUCAUGGCGAGCUGCACAACCUUAUGUGUUGGUAGACCGUUAUGAAGAUGUCACUCUGCCAGAAAGGGUGCUGAUGGAUAACAGAUGCAAUAGGGACAUUGUUAUGUAUGGUUAUCUUCGAGGUUGUGAUAUCAAGAAAGGAACUAAGGUGCACAUUGCUGGUGUUGGUGAUUUCCCUCUAUUUGAUGUAACAAGCAUAGACGAUCCUUGCCCUUUACUGGCUGCUCAUAGAAGGAAGAGCUCUCAGGAAGGAAAAGAGCAGGAUGAGAACUCGGGUUUCAGACCAGGGACUUAUCUAAGGUUGGAGGUCCAAGAUGUUCCUCUCGAGAUGGUUGGAAAGAUUGAUCCUUAUCAUCCUAUUCUUGUCGGAGGUAUCAGUCCUGGAGAAGAAAAUGUUGGAUAUAUGCAGGCGACACUUAAGCGACAUACUUGGCACAGGAAAUUGUUGAAGACAAGAGACCCUAUCAUUGUUUCGAUUGGUUGGAGGCGGUACCAGACGACCCCUAUAUAUGCCAUGGAGGAUCACAGUGAGCGGCUUCGAAUGCUCAAUUAUACCCCCGUAGACACGCAGUGUCUUGCAAUGUUUUGGGGCCCUCUGGCAUCCCCCAAUACUGGAGUUGUUGUUUUGCAGUAUCUGCCUGACAAUAAGGCAUCUUUUCGUAUUUUAGCAACUGCCGUUGUAGUUGAAUUUAACGAUGCUGCAAAGAUAUUAAAGAAAUGCAAGCGGUCUGGAACUCCUUGGAAGGUCUCUGGGAAGACUGCUCUUAUUAAGGAUCUUUUUGGAUCAGAUCAUGAAAUUGAUAAGUUUAAAGGUGCAAAACUUUGGACUGAGAGCGGAAUUCAGGUAAAGGUUGAAAAGGCUGCAGAAAAAGUGUUCGUGGGGAGAUCGAGAAGGAAGGAGGGGCUACUUAGAGAAGGGAUUGCUAAGUGCUCGUUUAAGGGCAGAAUUUGCAUGAGGGAUACCAUUUUCUUGCGUGUGUGGAAAGAAAUUGAGGUUCCUCGUUUCUUCAACCCAGUUGUACCUAUGCCUGGUUUAUCGGACGGGGCUGAGGAAUUCCCAAAAGCAGUGUUAUUCGAACAUGAAAAUUAUCAGAAGUCAACUAUUGGACGGCGUAUGCUGGCCUUUGUUGAUGGAGAGCCUAGCUUUCAAGAUCGAGCUCAUGCUAAGAAUUUUGAGUUGCAUCAUUGUGAUAAAGAGGAGCAGACAGAAUUCGAAAAACAUCCAAUGCUGGUGAUUUCAAAGGAAGAAGAGAUGCUAGAAAUGCACGAGAGAAAGGAGAGUAUGAAGAAAUACCAACCAAAGCCUAGGACACAAUGGUCAAUGGAUGAACGGUUCUGGCGUUGCUCAAAAGAUUUCCAUGGAGAUAAAACUCCCACUUAUCUUACCUUCUUUUGACCCCGCCGUCAAAUCAAAUCAAGCAAAUACAAUAUAUUUGCUCCAUGUUAUAUUAUGUUGUUUAGGAAGACUAGCUAUUAUAUUUCAUUUUGCAAAGAUCUCGUGUUGUGUCUUUGGCCACUGAACCAGUGUGCGUAUCUAAUUGUAUUUGCUUAAAGUUCCAUUAGAUUUCUACAAAUUGUUUAUUCAGAAACUGAAAUGUGAUCAUGUAAAGUUUGCAACAU